GAAUUUGAAUGCUACAACGUUGCCAAUAAUUGGCUGUCCGUAUUCCACAUUCCAAUUCAACCCAGCUGCAUCUGCAGCCCACUCGCUCAUACCAUGGACGAAGAAGCGCCUCCUCCUCCUCUCGUCUCUCUUCCCCCCAUCCUCCCUUCCUCCGGCCGCCGCCUCUCCACCGCCUUUCUCCACCCUAUUCCACCCCUGUCGUCCCCCGCCAACCUUGCUUGGGUCUCUCUCCAGGGAAGACUGGUUAACUCCGAAGAAGCCAGUUCCGUCCGAACCAUUCGGGGUGGUUUAACCCCACAAGAAGCCCUCGCUUGGGAGCUCUUUACUCCCAUCCAGAGGUUCCUCAUCGUCGCCGUCGUCGGUGUUGCAGUUGCUGAAUCCAAGAAAAGCUACCAGAUAUGGCAGCUGAAGAAGUCCGUCGAACUCAGGGAUCAGGUGCUAUCGAGCAUGCAGGAGAAGCUUGACAGUCUCUGCGAGUUGGUGAACCAUACUAAGGAACACUCAAUUGCGGCAAUGAAGAAGUCAAUGCCAAAGAAUGGAGAAUUACUGUUGAGUGAACUGUGUGGCUCUGAGAAAGCUCAAUUCGCUGAUUGCGAUUACUGGCCUAGUGAUCAACAGUCUGACUUAUUUGCGGUUGGUUGCUCUUCAAAUUUCCGCGGCACUUGCGCGCAGGAAGGCUCAGUCACAGAAGAUUCCGGUGGGAAUGAAAUGCUACAUCGAACACCCUUAUUUAUUGAAGAACAAGAAGAGCGGCGAAUGUCUGACUUGUCUUGGGCUUCAAGCGUAACAUCAGCUUCUGAUUUCCAGUUAAACAGCCUGGCUUUAGAGCAAGAUCUCCUUAAUCUCAAGAGAGAUUGUAGAGAGAAGGAUACCAAAAUACAGGAGUUGUCUCACCUUCUCAACUUUUCUGAAGUUUCCAGAUCCAAGCGAGUUGCUGAAUUAGAAGACAUUGUACGCAGGAAGAAUUCGACAAUUACAAAAUUAAAGAAGGAGUUGGUGGUUUUAGAACAAAAGUUUGACGAUUUAUUGCAGGUUGUGCAGCUUUCAAGGCUUCGUAGACCCUCCUCUUCUUGCUGUGACUCACACGAUGACCAGGUUGCGCACGUGAGAGAGAACCUAUUAUAUGACAUGGAGAGUAGCACUGGCCCCUCAUCUUCUGAUUCAGAUAGCACACCUCUGAACAGUUCAAAAAAAUCCAUUGCCAAGGUUGAUGACGCUCAUGUACCGAACAGAAGUUGCACUUCUGCGGGUAAUCAGAAAGUUAAGUCAGCAAAAUCCAUUGGCUCUUCAGGGAGAGCACUCGAGCAACAUUUGGAAUGUCGUUCUUUGAGUUCUCAUAAAGUUUCAGGAAAUCGAAAAUUAACCGCAGCUUCUUCGAAACCAAACCGAUUCUCAGCUCAUGCGGACUUGAAGAGUAGGAGACGAUCUUAAAGAAUGUAGUUUGUGAGAGAUUUGCCGGCGAGGGGUGUAGUUUUAAGAAGCAAUAUAUUCACAUAAACAUUCCUGGUCAUUUUUCGAUGGCCAGGCCUCACAUCGGAAUUUGAUAUUAGCAGCAUCAUCAAUGUAUAAGAUAUCGAACAGUUGAAGUCGCCGGGGUUAUUUUUUA